UACGUAGGAGUGCAUCGUGGCCAGAUAAAGGAUUUGCAGUAUGUUUAUGCGUCGGGGAGACGAGGCGGGCGGGGAGCCGGCAGUGCGCGCGCGAGUUGCCCGCGAUGCACGCGUGCCGCCCGCCGCUGCGUAGUAUUCCUUGCACAACGAGGGGCACACCAUGGCCGAGUGGGCUCUCAGCCGCGAGUGGCCCGAUCGGUCCUGCCAGCCUCCGUGCCAGCGCUACGACUAUUUCCAGCAGCUCCCGCUGCCACCGUUCGAGUCGCAAGCGCAGGCGUUCGCCCCGAUGCAGCAACCCGGCCAGCUGCCGGCCUUCCUCGCGCCCGGCAUGCUGCCGGUCCAGCCCCGAGGGGAAAACCCUCGGGACAUUCGCAACAAAGCCGAGAAGCUGCGGCGCGACAAACUGACGCAGAGCAUCUACGAGCUCGCGUCGAUGGUGCCGCCCGUAGUGGGCUCCAGCCGCAAGAUCGACAAGACCGGCGUGCUGCGCCUCACUGCGCACUUCCUGAGAUCACAUCACUACGUAUUUGGUGAGACAAUUGGCCGAUCGCCUACCGAGAUCAACAGUGCAUCCGCCCAGGCUCUGCUGCAGUUUUUCAACGGGUUCUUACUGACCACCACUUACAAGGGAAUCGUCGUAGUGGUGUCUCAAAAUGUGCAGCAGUAUCUUGGUUACACAGAGUUGGAACUCCUCGGCCAGAACUUAUUCACAAUUACUCACAAGGACGACCACAAGACACUUCUCUACCAAUUAAAGCCUAGGAGCCAAACCUUGGGCCCCAACGGGGAACUUCUGAUCCCUGACCGGCCGGACGGGAAGUUACUAGUGGCUAAAGCACUGGCCGCCGAGAAAAGGCGAUUCGUUGUAAGGUUAAAGAAGCACACACAGCGUUCAGAACCAACCCAGUACGUCGCCUGCGUGGUUGAGGGUUCUCUCCGCAAGUCGGACGGCGCUUGCCGCGGCAACAACCGCUGUUGCCAGAUGGUGCGCCGCGCGCGCGCCCGAGGCGACAACCCAUGCUCUAGCGGGAAUGACGUCGUAUUCAUCGGCAUCGUGCGUCCCACAGUGGAGACGUUCGCGAAGGAGCAGCAACUGGAGCAGUUCCGCAUGGAGUACCGCACCCGGCACUCCAUCGACGGGCAGAUCAUCCAGUGCGAGCAGCGCAUCGGGCUGGUCACCGGCUACAUGACGGACGAGGUGCAAGGCGUCAACGCCAUGAACUUCAUGCACCGCGACGACGUGCGCUGGGUCAUCAUAGCUCUCAGGGAAAUGUAUGACCAGCAUCGUCUCUACGGCGAGUCAUGCUACCGUCUCAUGAUGAAGAACGGCCAGUUCAUCUACAUGAGGACCAGGGGCGCUCUCGAGGUGGAAUCGGGCACCAAGGCGGUGACCAGCUUCAUAUGCACGAACACCGUGAUGAGCCCCGAAGAGGGCCAGCACCUCAUCAGGAUGAUGAAGAAGAAGUUCACCAUGCUCGUCAACAACAACCAGGAGCCGCCGCAGGAGCCCGAGGUCACUGAUACAAAUGACGAUUCAAUACCGGUUGAAGAUCCGAAACAGCUGGAGAAAGUGAUCCUCCAUUUGGUGACCAACUUGCCGUCGCCGCAGCCCGACGAGAAGGACCACAGUGUGUCGCCCGAGCGCGACGGCCCGCACGUGCACCUCGCCAUCAUACCGCCCCACAAGGAGCGCAUCGUCAUGGGCAUUGAGAAAAUAUACACCGUCAUCAAGAACUUCAACAAUCCCAACAUCGACGAACAUAUCGACGUCAAGCGCAUAAGAGCUUCUAGCGUAGAGGCCCCCACGCCGUCACACAGCACUCCCCGCGAGGAUGCGCCUCCAGAGAACACUCUCGCGACGCUCCCUACGAUCUCGACUAUCACCACUAAACAAUACCGCGCACAGACAAAUUUGGAUGACUUUGGAGAAAUAUUUCAGAACCUUAAUAAGCCGGCUCUGCCAAACAUAGAAGAAACCCGUAACGUAAAAACGCCCACAUCUUUCGCUGAAUAUAUUGCUAAACAACCUAAUAAACAAACCAAGUUUAAUUUCACAAAAACUGAAAAAGUUUCCGAAAUCAUAGACCUGGAAGAGCCCGGUUCUAGUUUCGGCAUCGUUGGAACGAAACGCUCAAUGGAUUCUUCCGCUGACGAUGAUUGCUCGAAAAAAAAGUCUGUUCAAAGCGAACCUGAAGAAACCAUCAACGGCCGCUCCUCUCCUUCUUUCGAAAGUUUCUUCAAUGACGCCAUUCUGAGCACACAAAUUUCCCAGCAGCUUGAUGAUGCCCUCAUAUCGUUGGAGGAUACAAUCGAUCCCUUCCCGGAUCUGUUGAUAUCCCCUGACGUACAAGAUAUAUUGGGCGGCCUAGACCCGGACGAACAGCCGGACCCCAAUUAAAAACAACCCGUUCAGCCAGUCGCAGGCACCAACGGAUCUCCUGUAAAUAUGACGCCAGUUGCACGUGAAAUCAUAUUUUCCGUGAAAGAAACCAAGUGGAGCUUGGAUAUUGAAUAAACGACACCCACAUGAUAUCACUCUCCGGAAGAGCGUAACCUGACGUGGCGGUAAUAACUGAUUUGUAUAAUAAGUAUGUACUUCAAAUGUAGAUAGUUUAGGUGUAGAUAACUUACGGAACUCAUAUUUUUACUGAACUUAUGUGUAGAUAAUGUAAGUAUGAAUUUGGAUGUCAAAGAGUAUAUUUUUAAUCGAAUGAUAAGUUGUUUUUUACAUUAAGUGCUAUGUGUUGAAGGAAUAUAAAUCUGCAGAAUCCAUUUAGAAUAAGUUUGUGAACGGGUAUUCUUAGCCGUAGGGCUGAUAUUUAGAAUGUUGGUCGCUAAGCCAUGAGUGAACUUUGCAUAUAGAUGUGGAUGACUAUCAUGACACGCAUAUUAUAUAAUUAUAUCGUGGUAAAGUACUUGUUUUCAUACAUAAUUUUAACAUAACGUAUGUCUCUGUCCAAUAUACGCAUAGUAUAGAUACAAUUUUUUCUUGACAUUUAAUGGAUUUUCAUGAAUGAGGUCAUAUUUUAAGUAGGUAUGAAAGAAAGUGCCGUUAACUUUAAUUUCAUUAGUCUUGUAAGCGUUGUGUUUAGGUUGCGAUUACGCUGUAAGUAUAGUUUGUGUACGUGAGAAUGGCAACGUCCUUACAUUUUAUUGUGAAUAAAUUAUCGAGAUAUGUGCUCCCCGAUAAUACUCUUAUGAUGUGCAGCGCGCUUGCCAACCACAGAUAUCAGGUGGCUGUUUAGGGUGGAGUCAAAUUUAUAUACUUACAUACGUACCUAAUGUCAUUAUUCCGGAUUUCACUUUAGCCAUGCUCUUAGCCUGCAUUAAAUAGGGUAGCUCGCGUAGGUACAAGUUCAAAUUCUUUAACCCACUCAAUACUUUAGGGCCAAACAUUGAUUGAUCGAUUGUAUUAAGUAUACAAAAAAACAUUAAUCGUUGUAUGUAAAAUACUUCAAACUUGUUAAGUAAAGAAAGGGGCGACCCAAAAUGAACCUUUUUCUAAAUAUGAUAAUAUAAAAUAAAUGUCGGCAAUCAUACCUAUCAGCUACCUAAAUUAAUAGUUUGUGAUCUAACGAACUUUCCCUUAAAGUUAGCACAAUUAUUGUUUUAACAAUAUCAGCUAUCAGUACACUUUGGCAUUUAGUUAGUUAUAUUUAUGUAUAUUAUAUUAUAUAUACUUACUACCUACGUGCUGUAAUAACGUAGUGACAAAGUCGCAUACAUAAUUAUAUCAAUUUGGCUUAAAAGGUACAACAAAAACAUAUCAAACUUCGCGAAAUAUAGUAUAGAGAGGAAUCAUUUCUUUGACUCUUUAGGCACAGGUGUAAGACAAAAGUAAGUUCUCACUCUAGCCUCGUCGUGACCAGUGUGCAAAACAAAGAAUAUUUAUUUCUUUACAGUUUCUGUCCAUGAGUUCCAUGUACGGAACGAGAGUGUCCGCAAUUGAGCACAUUCGACGUACCCGGAAUAUCUUUAAAAUGCUUAGGAAGAACCUGCAAUUCUGUACCCGCUUCAAAAAAAAAAUACUUAGCACUUUAUUUACACAAACAUUUACUCAGGUAAUACGAAUCUACAAGUGGUUCAAGAUGAAGUGUAGCUGAAAGUAGGUAGGUACUUAGUUUACUAUUUAGUAACACUGUAUCCAUGAUCUCAAACUUUCCAGUGUACAACUAAAUAUCAUUUAUUUUAAUAGAUGGGGAAUAUAAUUACAAGCCAUAUUUUCAAGUACAGACUCUCAUAAAAUAAGUAUCCUAUACGUACAGAUACUUUACCUUCAUAUUGCUUCAUAUGAGCAUUUUGAUAUAAUAGAAACAGUAAGCUCACAGUAAAUUGAUACAAAAGAACCGCUGUUUAAAGUACAAUGACACCUGUAGCUACACUAUGAGUUUGACACUGAUAUAUUCGCUGAAGUUAUGUUACUUAAACGUUAAAAGUAAAUCACACAUGCUAGCGAAUUUGGCUAUAGGUGUGUGCAGACACGUACAUGAAUAUCAACAGUUUAACUUCAAGUCUUAACAUAAAUACAGUUAUACAAUAUACUUAAACUUGUAAUUCCAAAACGUGUAGCGCAGCACAUAAAAACUGCUCAAGUUUCGGUGUCACUCUUACCAAUUAAGGGGUUGAAAGAAAACGAAAUUGUGAUAUUGCAGUGAGAGCCAGCCGCCCGCGCCACAAUUAACCUAUCAACGAUACACAAGGAAAACUCAAGAAACUCUAGGCUUGAAAACUGGAACAUUGAGUAAUACGGAAAUCUCAUGAAACCCGUCCUGGUACUCGCCCCUUACUAACAGUUUAUUUUGUCUUGUAUAAAUGUACAAAAUGUGUACUGUAUUGCGAGCUAAAGAUACUGUAUUUUUAAUAAUACUUAUUUCAAAUUCCCCCCUUUUCCUCUGAAAUAAAAAACUUAGUAAUAAGAUGUAGAUUAUUUACGCGUGUAAGGGUGUAUUUGUUCAAAUUUUUUUUUCUGAAAUUAUCCAUAUAAUGAUAUAUCGUAGGUACAAUUAUUGCCAAUUAUAACGAAACUGUAAUAGCUUUUUAAAAAGAAGUAAAACCAUUAAAUGUUUGCAGGUAUAACUCAUGCUAAAGAGGUACGUAUCUUUCUACCUCUAUGUAAAAGCAUUAUAAGUAAAAAUCUAAAACAGACCUAGUUAUAGUCUAUUAUUUGUAGAUUGUUAAUGUUUGCUACGAUUAUUCCAAGCAAUGAAUUUACUUACGAUAUGUUUACCUCAUGUACCAAUGAAAUACACAUUUUUGAUAAGUUUUGCAAUAAUUGUAUUUUGAUGCGUGAUCUUAAGUAAUUUUUAUACGACACACAUAUUAAUCGCAGUCAAGUUGUUUUUAUUAUUAAAUUAAAUGCUUAUACUUAUGGAAUUAAUUAUGUCUGAACAAUUAUUUUUGAUCGCUUGUUCAUUGUUCAUAAUAGUUUAAGUGUAAACAUACCUAUAUUUUAUUUUGUGUCUUUUUCAAACUAGUUGUUUUAAGCAAUGUUUAUUAUUUAAGAUUUCCACUUCUAUACACCAGUCCAGGAGUAAUUAGUUUGACAAAAGUGCCAUCUAGUUUUAAACCUUUCUCUGAGUAAAUAAGUUUACCUCUUUCAUACAGUAAAUGGACAUACAGUACUAUCACAAGGGUUUUGUACCUUCUAUUAUACCGGAUGGAGCCUGUAACAAAAGCAAAUACUAACAUUUGUUCAGCAACUUUUAAAAAUAAAGUAUUUUGAUUUUUAUUACCCUUGAAAGUUUUCCAUAAGAGGUAGGUAAUGUAUUGCGAAUUCUGUUAAGUCAAAAGUGUGACAGACAACGUCAAUGCCAAAAAUGAUUAAUUGUACGUACAUUGAAGUUAAUAUUUAUUUUGUAUUAAAAAUUAAAACACUAAUGACUUCAUAAUUUUUAAAAGUCGCUGAAUAAAAUGUUGGUCAGUUUAAGAAGUACCUAUAUAGCCUACAGUUUAAUUUUUUACUUUUGUUACAGGCCCCACCCUGUAUACAUUUGUGAAAUAUGUAUUUACAUCAUCCCAUUGAAUUGAUAAGUUUUACCGAAAACAUAUAUUUAGUAAAAGAUGGUGUUUUUAGCCGGGCGUUUUUUGUUACUGAGGAUAGUAAGUAUAAUUCCGAACGAGUACCUGGUCAGGCCGAGUACGGAGGCUUAUUAAUAGCCGUAUUAAACUUAAACUAAUGAGUCAUGAUUUAUAAUAAAAUUAUUAUCUCAUAAUUUA